GUUGUGAUCUAAUUUUUAGUAAAUAUUACCCAAAAUGUUGGAUAUUUUUUUUAAAUCAUAUUUAUUUUCAUAAAUGAGUGAUAACUAAUAACUAAUGUAUAAUAAUAAUAAUAAUAGUUAUAGAUAAAAAAAUUCCAUAAUUAUAAAAUAGUUUAAUAUUUUUUUAAAAAUGCUUAUUAAAUUAAUUUAACAAAUUAACUUUAAUAAAAUUAAUACGAUGACUCUUGGCAUUCUAACUCAUGGAAUUAAUAGUAUUAUGGAGAUGAUGAAUAAUUUAUAUACCAUUAUUCCUAUCCACGAAAGACCUGAUUUAUAUAUGGAUUGUUGUAAACUGAUUAAUUCAGAAUGGCCUUCUAGUGACACCAGAAGAUUAAGAACACUAAGAACGUCAUGUGAUAAUUUUCCAACUUGUUUAAUACUCAUAAUUGAUAGUAAAGUAAUCGGACAUUGCAAAAUAUCAUUGGUACCAAAUCUUAACGGUAGCUGUUUCAUAGAAUCAGUCGUUAUUGAUUCAGAAUAUCGAUAUAGAGGUCUUGGUUCAAUUCUUUUACGUGGAACAGAGGAAUAUGUUCUAACUAAAAAUAUAAAAAGUAUUUAUUUAGCAACAAAAGGACAAGAAAAAUUUUAUUUAAAAAAUGGGUAUUAUAAUUGUGAACCAAUAAAUUUAUGGGACUGUAGAACAGUUUCAAAACCCAUUGAUGCAAUGAGAAAAAAAUUUACCCACAAGGAAAAAUUUUCCGGUCCACCACCGCCUCCACUGCCUAAUUUAUUUUCUUUUAAAAAAUCACCUGUUAUUACAUCUAAAACCUACAUGGUAAAACAUUUAUAAUGAUAACAAGUAAACUAUUAUUAUCAUCAUAUAAACAAAUAUAUUUUUUAUAAGAAGA